AUGAGUGUCGUCUUCAUCGGACCGCCAUCGAAAGUUAAAUAUCUAGAUAUUCUGCGGGAUAUCCCCGAAACUAUACGCAAAGACCCACCGACCUUUAACUAUCGACCGUCGCACUGGAAACGAGAGCCGAAGACACAUAACACACGCUCCCGCGCUCGCUGUCAACCAGGUGCAUCUCCUCCAGAGCAUUCGUCGACUGAAGGCAGCGGCGGUGAUGAGGGAUCGCACUCACCAUCCACCGCAGCAGCGGCGCGUAGCCGAUCGAGUCGCACCCGGCGCAACGGACAGCAGUCACCAGGUAGGCGUGACGGAUUUAAAGCUGGACGCAACUCUCAAAAAGACAGCCAGACUACACGAGCAUACUGCAACAUGGCCUACAUACGCGGCAUACUCAACCGAGAUCCUCUAGAUAAAGCGUGCCCCAACCUACAAAGUCAUCCUGGUGGCCAGAGACAUUCGAUAGGUCCGGCUGAGUUCACGCGCAGCCUUCACCGUCAACUCGUACGGAAUCGAAACGAAGGAUUCGAACCACUACAUGUGCGCGGCCGAACAGGCUACCUAGUGAAAGCGACGCUUCUGACACAUGGAUACACUGUGAUCAUUAAAGCUACCACGGCAGAGAAGCAACAUCGUCUCCAAGCGGAGAUGGAAAAUUAUAAGCACCUUAGAAAUCUGCAGGGCCAACAGAUUCCCGUCUGUCUUGGGGCUUUUAAGCCACGCAUUGCAUAUUGGUACCACGGCGAAUUAAUGGCGCAGAUGAUGGUUUUGAGCUGGUCUGGAACGCGACUUCAGCAUAUCAUCAACAAUAGUAAUUCCAGCUUCUUUGGCCAAGAGCGCAAGAAAGCUCUGGCUGUGCUACGGUCACAUGGAAUUACCCAUGGUGAUAGUGAGGGGCGCAAUAUGCUGUGGGAUAAAAUGAGUGGGCGUUUGGUUGUUAUUGACUUGGAGGAUUUGGAAUGGGUGAAGCAUCCCCGGGCUUUUAAACCAACCUCAGGAAACAGAUGGUAUGGUUCUCAUGUUAGGGCGGGAGGAGCAGACAAACAUUCCCAUCCGGCUCGACCGCUGCAUGCAAGUGAUAGCCAUCGACCUUUGUCUCACUGUAUUAGUUGA